ACCAAAUUUGAAGAAUGUUCGUAGCUGAAGCAAUAUGCACUCUGGUCCCACCGGAAAGUUAAUCUCUUCAAAACCCAGAAUUGGGUUUCUGACCAGAAUUUCAACUCCAAAUGUUUUGCGUUGCCAAACCCAUCAUUACUCUUGCUCUCUCUUUUCUACUCAAGGGGACAGUAGAGCUCAGACCAGAACCAGUUUCUCUCUAAAUGCUUCCUCAUCUUCAGUUGGAAGUGCAGAAUACAUAGAGGAGCCCGCUACCAAUGUGAGAUUUCAAACAUCUUUGAACUUGCCUGGGUGCUCAAGUCCAUUUGCAUUGCUUGGAACUGGAUACAGGGAAAAAGUCUUUGCAAUUAUUGGCGUUAAAGUAUAUGCUGCAGGAUUAUACUUAAACCAAUCCAUCUUAAAUUACUUGACUGCUUGGAAAGGAAGAUCAGCUGCUGACAUUAAGAAGGAUCCAUCCUUGUUCAGCUCCAUUUUUCAGUCUCCUUCUGAGAAAUCAUUACAGAUUGUUCUGGUUAGAGAUGUUGAUGGGAAAACAUUUUGGGAUGCCUUGAAUGAUGCCAUCUCUCCAAGAAUCAAGUCACCCACUCCUGUUGAUGAGUCGGCACUGUCCACAUUUCGCAGUACCUUUGAAGGGAAACCCCUCAAAAAGGGAACAUUCAUAUUUUUGACGUGGCCGCAGACUUCCAAAAUGCUUGUUUUGAUCUCAUCUAAUGGGCUUCCAUCUAGUGUGGAUGCUACCAUAGAAUCAGAAAACGUGAGUUCAGCUCUAUUUGAUGUAUUCUUUGGAGACACUCCAGUUUCUCCUACCUUAAAGGCUUCUGUUGCAACCAGAUUAGAAUCAAUCCUCAAGUAGAUGCCACAAGUUAGUGUUUCAUCUUUUCCUCUCUCUCUCUCUCUCUUUGGGGCUUGGUUGUUCAAUUGAUCUAUUCUAUGAGUUUAUUGACAAAUUGA